CGCUAUUCUGACCCGAAUUAGACUUGUUUCAGUUGUCUUUGAUUUGAUUUCAAUUCAAUUCGGCGCCGUGUCAAUUUCAAGUCACCGUUUUUUGACUGCUUCUUUUUUGACAUUACGUCGGUCAAUUCGCUAUCAAGCGAAGAAUACUUUUUUUUUCAGUGUGAUCACUUUCCCAAUAUGGCUUAUCAUACAUACCAAUGCAAUGGCUUUUCACCUUAUCCGCAAUUGCAUUUGAAUACAAUUUUCAAAACGUAUGCAGGUAUACUGAUUGUAGCAUUCUGCCGACGAUUGACAAGGCAAUUUGUACAAUCAGCUGCUGCGUUCCUGAUCUGCUUGCUUACAUUGACGGAGUGAUGCGCAGGCUGCGUUUCAAAUUAAAUUCCCAAAGGCUGCCGAAAAGUGCGCACGCUAUGCAGCGCAGAUAAGAGAAAAAAAGAAAGGGAAAUGGCGUGAUCACACACAAGGUGGGG